AUGGGAGCUUCCACGCUCAUCACACUGUUUCUUUUGACAAGAGUCUUCGCAGUCGAUUUCGACUGGGAACGUGAGCAGCUCACGGAAGAUGAAGCACUCACUAACAAAGCUUACUGUUUCGGAUCUGCAAAUGCUGCUCCCACCGAGGAGUGCAGAAGUAUUCCUGGAGACGGCGACUGGCCCUGUGUUGAGGACUGGAGUGCUUUCAACAAGACUUUGGGCGGCGUCCUGCUGAAACCUAGGCCACUUGCGAGCGUCUGUUAUACAGGAGAAGACUACAAUGAACAGAAGUGUGCGCAAUUGAAGCAGAGCUGGGCUAGAAUGAAUUUACAACCCAACAAGUAUCAUGUCUCAAUGGGCAUCAGGAAACAGCUGUACACCAACAUCGCAGCCAAAUUCUACUUGCACCCAAGGAGGCUGGCCAGUCUCGCAGUCAACUUUGCACGGAACCACAACAUCCGCCUCGUGAUCAAGAACUCCGGACACGACUUCAACGGCAAGAGUAUCGGUGGGAAUUCGCUGAGUAUAUGGACACAGAGUCUCAAGGGCAUGACGUACGAAGCAGAGUAUACUUCGCCAAUGGGCGAGUAUACGGGGAGAGCUAUCAAGUACUCCGCAGGUACCCAAGCUUAUGAAGGGAGUGCGUUGAUGAGCCAGAAGAACAUGAGCAUGAUUGUCGCUGGUGGAAGCACGGUGGGUAUCGCAGGUGGUUUUCUGCAGGGUGGAGGACAUAGUAGUUUUACCAGCUACUAUGGCCUUGCCGCAGAUAAUGUGCUCGCAAUGACGGCAGUCAUUGCAGAUGGCAGGAUUGUGGAGAUGCAUAAUGGACUGAAUGAAGACCUCUUCUGGGCGUUCAGAGGCGGUGGCGGCGUCUUUGUAGGCACCUUCGGCAUUGUGACCUCCGUUGUCGUCAAGGCCUUUCCUAAAACUCCUGUAGUCACAGGAAACAUCCGCUUCUCUACAAAACCAGAUCGUGGCUCCAACAAUUCCAUCUCAACAGAGACAUUUUGGGCCGGCAUGAAGGCGUACUGGACCCAGGCAACUUCCAUCUGCGACGCCGGCGGCUUAGGCUACAGCUUCAUCUACCCCGAAGGAAGUCCUCAAGGCUUAACCUUCACCGUCCGCAUAUCCUUACCCAACAAAUCACUCGCCCAAUACCGCACCUUCAUCCAACCUCUCCUCUCAGACCUAAACACGCUCGGUGUCAAAAUCCCCGAUCCCACCCUCAAGCGCUCAAUUAACUUCUACACACAGUAG